AUGAAUGUUUUAAACAGCAGCUUGGUAACGCGCUACGGCCGAGGCGCACUGACGUGUUGCAAGGAGAGAGCGAUGGGUGUGGUGGACGUGGAGGUGAGUCGCAGACGCAGACCUUGCAGGACUCGAGCAAAUAAAGGCCCGCAAGCGAAGUGUCCCGGGACCUCGUGGGCGAGUUUUGGGCUGGCGACGUGGACUCAGGUUCGGUUCCAAAAAGACUGCCCGCGGCUGCACCGCGAUCUGAACUUUCCUAACUUCGAUGACUACAGGAAGGACGAUUACGUCGACGUGAGGAGAACGAGUUGGGGCUCGGGCGACGGCAAGCCCGGGUACUCUUACGUGGUCAGCUUCUUCGGGCUAUUGGGCGCGACAUAUGCUACCAAGACGGUGUUAACUCACUUCGUGUCCUAUAUGUCGGCGGCGGCAGAUGUACUGGCAUUGGCCUCCAUUGAGGUGGACCUGUCCAAGGUGCAGCCGGGCGGCACCGCCUCCUUCAAGUGGAGAGGCAAGCCCCUGUUCGUGAAGAACCGAACGCAAGCCGAAAUAGAUUCGGAAGCCGACACUCCGAUGUCGGCGCUGCGAGACCCGCAGACGCCGGAUCAGCGUGCGCAGAAGCCCGAGUGGCUGAUCGUGAUCGGCAUCUGCACACACCUGGGCUGCGUGCCCAUCCCCAACUCCGGGGACUGGCCGGGCGGCUUCUACUGCCCGUGCCACGGCAGCCACUACGACAACAUCGGGAGGGCGCGCAAGGGGCCGGCGCCGCUCAAUUUGGAAGUUCCACCUUAUAAAUUUAUGAGUGAUACUCUAGUUUUAGUAGGGUAG